AUGUCCCGUGCACCAUCGCCCACUGGUUCCUACUUCAGUCACUCAUCCAAACCAUCUGGAUCAUCCUUCGCUGGGUCUAGACCAGCUUUGCAUGGUAAGGAGUCGAACGAGUCCGUUUUUUCCUCAAAUGAUUCCUUGACAACAGACCCGCUACGUAAUGGGUCGCAGAAUUUGUCUCUGCCACCACCGUCGGACCCUUCGUCGCCAUAUCAUAUUGCAUUGCCGUUGAAUCCACAUCCUGUUGAGCAGCUAGUGAACCGCUUUACCAUAUGGAAAAAAUUGAUCAAGGAACUGAUCUUCUACUUCAAGGAGCUCAGCUCCUUGAAACAACACUACUAUGAGCUCAACAUUCACAUGUUGAACAACAUCAAGCUUCUCACAAAGCCUUCUGCAAAGAGCGUAGCCCCAUUAGACCAUAAUGAUGAUCCCACAGGUGAACUUGCUGCUUUCACUGGAACCACAGAGGAAAAGUUCAUGAAAACAGCGUUCCUUCCUCCCAGUGGAUCAUCCAUCACCAGCGUUCGUAAUACUUUGCAUAACUAUCAUAGAGCUUUAGCUGAAAAAGAACUAGUUACCUACAAUCAACUGACUUUAAAGGUCAUUCCAAGAUUGGAGAAUUUCAAACGAUCUUUGAACUCAAAGAUAAAAGAGAUUUUGACCUUGAAGAACGAUUUCAAAUUGCAAAAAAUAAAAUCUCAGGUGGCCAUGACAGGUCAAUUAUUAAGUGACUACGUCAAUGUCAUCGAAUUAUUCAACCGGGGCUCAACCACAACUCCGUCUGGCCUUGACACCUCUGAGAAGUACAAUUCAAAACUGACCAGCUCUGGUAAAUAUGAUCCGUAUGUUUUGAAAUUGAGGUUUGAUUUACAACUGCGGCAACAGCUCUUAGAAGAAAAUAUGGUGAGGGAGUCAUUCCUUAGUAUUCAAAAGGCUGGUCUUUUACUUGAGGAAGUGGUUUACAAGGAAGUGCAGAAUGCUUUCGGAAAAUUUGCCAAUUUGAUAGACGCAGAAGUCAACACUGUCAAGAAGAACUUAGUUGAGGAUCUCAAAGAAGGAUUCUUGAAGAACGUCCCCUCUUCUGAUUGGGAUUAUUUUAUUUUGAACGACAAGGCAAACUUUCUGAAUAUCUCAUCCAAAGAGAUAUUGAACCCUUCUCCCGGUAGAAAACUUUCGAAUAUUGUCUAUCCGUAUCAAAAGAAGCUAGCUGCACGUUGUAUUCGAUCCGGCCAUCUAGAAAAGAAAAAUAAACUUUUGAAGAGCUAUGCCAAAGGAUACUACGUCCUGACUCUCAAUUUUCUGCACGAGUUUAAGACUCCAGAUAGAAAGAAAGAAUACAUGCCCCAGUCUUCACUUCCGUUGGAUAGAGUAGUUUUAAAGGAAUCAGAUCGAGAAUCUCGCAAGUUUGUUCUUCAUGAUACUAGUACCAAGACAAACCACAUUUUCAAAUGCGUAGAUGCAGUUGACGCUGGAAAAUGGUAUACAGACUUGAAGGAAUUGACCAAAUACGCUUCAUCGAUAGAGAGAAACACUGUUAUGGAGUUUCGUUAUGCCAAUUCUGUUGCGAAGCAGCCUGUUCAGGGCCAUUCCAAGAACUCAUCUGAGUCAUCCAUUUAUCUUCCUGAAAGGACAACUUCUCCUUUGCCUGCUGAAUUGAAAGAUACUGAAGAACUUAGAAAGAACUCUUCAUCCUUUGCUUUGCCUACUUUCAAAAAUCUGAGCACUUCCAAGCUUGAUGAAGUACUCUCAGCACCACUACAUGAGAGUCCCAAUAGUGAUAGUUCUUCGACACCCAGCACCAUCCAUCAACCUGUUCCAUCCAUUUCAAUAACUAGACACCAGUCAAAGAAGAAACCAUCGAAGGUUCCAGUAAGGUCUGACACCCCUCCGAUCAACACUCAACAGUUGCGUAAUAAUGGUUCUGUUAAAACAGGAGAUAUUCAUAGCUCAUUUGCGCUAUCUGGCAACCACAUCGCUGAUCAGCGAGAAGUAUCAUCUUCAAGUCAAUCGAAUCUUGCAGAGACUAAUUUAACUACUCCCGAUGUUAAAGGAUACGAAUAUAACUUAGAUACCCCAGGUAAAACCCCUGAUUUAGACUACUUCAGCUUCAAAGGACAGAAUGCUAAGUCGAUGGCCAACUCUUCAAGCGGUUUGAAUACCCCAACUGAAAGUAUUUCCGAUUCUGCUAAUAGUAGCACCAGCAAGUUCCAUGGAACGCUGGAACUUCCAACGGCCAACUUUUCAGAUGUUAUAAGAAAUAAUGCUUCCAUUCCAGCUACUCCCGGAGAGCUACCAAGCAGCUCCAUCAAAGAUAUGAUCAAACAAUAUGGUCUUGAUGAACAUCUCCAGGAAUGA